CAUGAGGGCGGCGGGGCAGCGCGGCGGCGGCGCGGCGGCUCCGCGGCAGAUGCGCCCCGGCGCCCAGGCUCUGACGCCCAGCUCGCCCCGGCGGCUGGAGGGAGAUGCUCGCCCAGACCGCCGCUUCUGCGUGAGGAAGCACAAGGCACCAUGGUGAGUAAGGAGCCCAGCAAAUGCUUACUCACCGCCUCGGACAGCGACGUCGAGCCCGCGGCUUCCCUGGCGCUGGAGAUGAAAUACGCGCUGGAUCCCAACCGGCAGAUCAAGAAACGGAACAAAGCCCUCCAGGUGAGGUUCAAGGAUAUCUGCGAGGCCCAGAACGAGCAGAGGGACAAGCAGCUCUCCACCUCCUCCACGCAGGACCCCGACAAGAGGGAGGCCAAGGCCAUCUCCUACAAGACGGCGUAUCGCAAGUACAUGACGGUGCCCGCCCGCAGGUCCAUCCCCAACGUCACCAAGAGCACAGGAGUGCAGACUUCCCCUGAUCUCAAGAAGUGCUACCAGACCUUCCCUCUGGACCGGAAAAAAGGGAAUAUUCUGAAAAGCGCCUCGACGGUGGACACGCUGCCGAGCGAGAACAACGGGUUCCUGAUCGAGGUGAAGGACAGGGAGGGCCGGGGCUCGGGCGAGGCCGCGGCGUGGGGCAGGAAAGCCGGCAGCCUGCAGACGGCCGAGUUCAUCUCCCACGUCUCCGAGCGCGCCGCGCACGACGCCGAGGCCUGGAAAAGCAGCGAUUUGCACAGCUCUCCCAAAGAACCUCCUCCACCCAACUUGGCCGAGCGCGGCCGGGAGGAGCCGGCGCGGCCGCCCGGCCGGGGCAGAGCACCGGCGGCGCGGCUGGCGAGCGACGAGGCCGCCCAGCCCCUCCACGGGAGGGUCUUCAAGACUGAAGUGGCCACCGUGUACCUGCCGGCCUCGCAGCCCGACCUGGGCGACUGGGGGCCGUGCCCCGAGGAGGAGGAGGAGGGCGGGAGGACGGUGCAGCUGAACGGGGUGCAGCCCCCGGGCAGGGAUGCCCCAGCGUGCGCGGCGCGGGCGCAGUGCCCGGCCCCCGAAUGUGGUGACCAGAGCCCGCAGGUCAACGUGGCGCCCGCGGAGGAGAGCCAGCCCUGCCGGACGGCCGUGGCCGUGAGCCAGGAAUGCCAACAAAUCGUGCCUCACACCGAAGUUGUGGACUUGAAAGCGCAGCUUCAGAUGAUGGAGAACCUGAUCAGCUCUAGUCAGGAGACCAUCAAAGUGCUGUUGGGUGUUAUACAGGAACUAGAGAAGGGAGAAGCUCACAGGGAAGGGCUUUCCUAUCGGACCGGCCAGGACACGGCCAAUUGUGACACGUGCAGGAACAGUGCAUGUAUUAUCUACAGCGUGGAAUUGGAUUUUAAACAGCAAGAAGAUAAACUACAGCCAGUUUUGAGAAAACUUCAUCCUAUUGAGGAAACUCAGGUUGCACCUUUGCCUUAUUCUCAGGAGAGCUACUCCUCUACUCCCAAGCAAAAAUCCAAAACUGAAUCAAAAAAGCACGGAAGAUGGAAACUCUGGUUCCUUUAACCCAAGUCCAUGACGUGUGGAGUUCAAGGCCUUCUUUGACAAAUAUUUGGAGCUGUAUCCAUCAUCUCUGACGGGAUCUUGGUGGAAGGAGCAGUGUCCUGGCCAAGGGCAGCGUGCAGUUCUCACCGCGUGUACCAAAAAGGCUUUUGUAGCGACGGACUCACGCCCGGGAGCACGGGCUCGGGUGCCCCUGCCCACUGCUACCUGCAGCUUGCCAAUGUGGGAUGGAAAACCCGAACGGAAAUUUGGACAAAGAUGGGAAGUAAAACUGUUUCCACCCCUCCUCAGAUCCGAAAGCGUGGCGCUCCGACGCGUUCAAGCCCCCCCAGGAAUGGUGAAAGCCUUUUGGGGGUCUGGGUUGUUGUCUUUGGACAGCAAGGAGGGGGAAUAAAAACGAGCAAGCCUUAUGUUUGCAGUGGUGUUGAGUUUUACAGCUCCGUGGUGAUCGGGGAGUGCAGUUUUCAGCACAGAAUUCCUGGACAAAGCACAAUUUUUCCCGCGGCCCGCGGCCGCGCCCAUCUCCGAGACGUGACUGUGGCGUGUCCUCUGCCUUCAUGCGAUGUAGACUCCAACCAAGCUCUCACAUUUCAAAACAUCAUCUCUGGUCCAGCUGUGUCCUCACCACCAGAAGAACCAACUCUGCUGCUCAGCCCCAGCGGGGCAGUGGCCAGAAACCUCCCAAAAUUCAGGCCCAGCCUUUAAGCACCUCCAGCUCACAGGGUCCAGGCCAUGGGACAACCCCUCAGCGUCACCUUGGAAGGGUCUCGACCACACGGGAACAAAACCCAACCCCAAAACAGACCCGUCCCAAUCCGGAUUGUUGGCCUUUGCCAUGGGUCAGUAUUGUUUUCUAACAGCCUUUGGAAAACCUCUCCCAUACUGCAGAAGGCACCAGGAGAUGUCCAGGCUGCAGCACUGCUUGGAAGGAGCUGAAAAUUGGAAAUGCUAUUUAUUUAUUUAUUUAUUUAUUAAGCUGCUCAAAUGGGUUUCCCAGCUUACUAUAAUUUAUAUCUCGAUCUAUCAAUUGUACUCAGUAAUUGACACACUUAAGGGAGAAAUGUGAUUUUUCCUAAAUUGGUUCAGAUUUUUUUUUUUGGAAACAGCACUUAAAAUUUUGCUCUGACUUAUGAACUGCAAAUUUUCCUUUAAAUAUUUGCUACUGUCAUUAAACUUGCAUCUAAAAUGACCACUGGUGGAAAAAUUCCUCAUGCUAGAAGUCACCAAGGAGUGGGAAUCUUUUGUUUUGGGAUUUUUCCCUAAGGAUUUCAGAUAAUUUGAGUGUCAUGUGACAAAUUUGGUUUAAAUUGCAUCCCCUGUAGCAGCAGGAAGGUACAAAUUCUUCAGCCUUUAGGUGCAAGAACCAUGAUCUUUAAUUUGUACUAAAAUACUAAAAAUUUGGGAAAGUAUUUUUCUUUUUCUCUGUUUCUCCUCUUAGCUCAUCAUCCAAUUUACUCCUGGGAGGAAACUGAAGGAAAAUAACCUAAUUUUUUUCCCUCAAAGAGCAAGAAAAGCAAAUUAAAAUGGGAAUGGAAAUGCAGAAGGUGCCUAUGGCCAGCUCAAUAUUUACAGUAAACCUUCAAGAGGGCUACAAGCUCUUGCAUGGAAGCAAAUCCUGAAAUCCUCUGGUGGGAGUUGAAGGAUUAGGAAGGUGAUCCUGUACACCAGGAAGGAAGUGCCACCGUUUCAUGUGGAAAAAAACCCAUAUUUCAUGUAUUUUAUAUUGUUUUUAACUAAACAACUAUUUACAACACAGCCCACACAACAAGGCUUAGAAACCCAAAUAUCUCCAAACAAAAAAAACACUUUUUUUUUUUAAGCAGAAAGGGAUCUCAAAGAUGGGCAGAAAAAGGAGAAUACAGCAGUAUUCAUUAUUUAAAAAGAAAAAAACAAACAUUAAUAACUAAUGCACUCCUCCAUGCUAACAGACCUAGUGUUUGGGGUUUUUUAAAGAAAUUAAACCAAGCAUCUCUCCAUGGCAAUCAAUUCCCAAAUCCUCAGUAGCUUUGUGUGUGCAGGGACCCUGAGUGAUCCAGAGCUCCUGGGAUCAGGAGAAAAGAGGGAGCAAACUCCAACUGGAGAAACAAAGAGCUCAAAGGGAAAGUUCUCACGGCGUGUUCUGUACAUGUCCAGGCUAUUUUCUUAAGAAGUUGCAAAUUUUUAAUUUUUUACAUUUUUUUAAACCUGGGGAAAGCUGACAUUACCAUAAAACCUUGCUUCCAACUGACAUCUCGUGUUCUCUGGCACCCUCCAAUGUAAUUUGUAAUAAAAUGUUUUUGCAAGUGUGUAAAAUGUAUCAUAAUUGUAUUGCCUUUAGAAUCACUCAGGCUCAGGUUAGAUAGACACCAAGAGAAAAAAAAAACCCACCUAAUUCUUUAGAGCUUUUAGUUCAAUGUGACAGAGCUAUUUUCACCCUCAUGUAGAAGAUCUUGGAGGUUCUAAUGAGGAAAAUGCAUUUUUAUUUUCAAUGUGGCUUUGCUGGAUUCACUGGCAUUCCCCUGCACUUCAUACACUGAUUUUCUAGCUGCACUUCUCCCAUCUCUUGCUUCAAAAUACUUUUUAGCCAAUAAAUACUGCAGUGAUUUUAUAUCCCUCGCUCUUUGCUGAGUCCUUAUAAUUUCCACACAGCAAGAAUUGCAUUCUUUGGUUUAGACCUAGAACUAGGAGGAAAACACUAUUCCUGUGAGUAGCACUUGGUUUCUUAAAGAUUAAAAACAAAAACAACUGUAAAAAUACUUCUAAAAAAACAGGAUAAAGUGAAAAAAAAAAAAAAAACAUGAUUAAAACUGGAAAAUCCUACCAUGGGUUCAAAGUGUUUGCUUUUUCUUGCCUAAAAUGCAAAACUACUGUCUGUGCCUUUGAUUUCACUCAAUGUUUUAAAGGUUAAAUCACUUUUUCCAAUCAAAUAGGGUGAUUUUUCAUGAACUUCCCAACAAAGUCAGGUGUUAGCUUACACCAGGACCUGUGUAUUACCACAUAUUAUAUAUUGCUGUUGGAAUUGAGCUGGAAUUGAACCAGAUUGCCACUAAAAAUCCAACUGCACCAACACCAUUUUUGUCUGGGAGAACGAAAAGGACUGCAUGAAGAUUUUUAAUAUUCCAUAAAAGCCAUCUGUGGUUCAUUAAAAUAACUGGAGUGCUACAAAUGUGUCCAUUUGUUUAGGUGAGUGCAGCUCAUUCCCAUCAUUGUUGGUAGGGAAUGCAACAAGGAUGGUUUGACAACAUAAAAAAAGCUCAGUAUUAGUGAUGGAAUAAAACCAUGGCCACCAUCCAAAUACCACUCCAGUUUCAGUGAAAUCAGCUUGCAAUAUGUAAUUUCAAUUGAUUUUGAAAGAGAAGAAAACAUGUGACUCAAUAAAGCAAAAUAUUUUUACAUGGAAGAAGUCUGGCAAAGGAAUGACUUCUGUUUUCUGCCCAACGUUUUGGAAUCCAUGAAGCCUGACCUGGGCAGCUUUUAAGGCACAGGAAAAUAACUUACAUCCAGAUUUAACUGCUGAAAAACAAACUGCAGCCCCAGAAGUCUCCUGUGACCAACAAUAACUCAGAUUUCACACUUGCACCUGUAUUUUACGUCCUUCUGGGGAGACCUGCAGCCUGGAAGUGCUGAGAGAUGGACAGUCCACCACGGUGAUUGAUUGACUGAUUGGCUGAUUGAUUGAUUAUCCAGAGCUCCCCCAUCAAUGCCACUCUGCUCCACACAACCCCUGUCACCCUCCUUGUGUCAGGUGUCCCCUGCACCCCACAGAGAUUCCUCUUCUCCAUCUCCUUCCAGAAACCUCAGACAGGUUCCACAAACCCCUUUUUCUUCUCUCCUUCCGAUGGCUCCUGCAUCAUUUCUGUUCCAGUUCCACCUCAACCCUCAUCCCAAAGCACCGAGGGGAAAGCAGCAAGGUGGAGAAGAUCCCAUUCAUCAGCAACACCACAAAGUCCUGCCCAGUGCUUCCCAAUACCCAAAAUAAUCCAUUUUCCCUGGUCACAGCACUGACUUUGCUCCCCCACCUUCAGAUGUUUUCCAGAGCCACUCUCCUUAUGGACACUCUUGGAAGUUAACACCACAGGAACAUGGAAUGGUUUGGGUUGGAAAAAGGACCUUAAAGACCAUCACAUUCCAACCCCAAUCUUCCCCUAGGCCAGGAGAGUUCCUCUCAGAAAUUAAGGAGCUUGGUUGCCUUGGCUUUGGAGAUGAGGCACAUCCCAAGCUGCUGACACGAGGAGAAGGAGCAGCCGUGGAUCAUUCUGGAGCUGCCACCAAGGCUGCUCUGUCCUGAUUUACUGGAAGAGGCUGAGAUGUUGCCUCACGUGGAACCCAACAUUAUCCAAAAGCCACCAGGAAAGGAAAGAGAACAUUUAAAACCACCCUUCCCAAGGCUCAAGGAAGUUAAAUUUACUUUUUCUUCCGUACGAAAGGUUUUGUGGGUUUUUUCCAGGUGAUUUCUCACUGAGCAGCAGCAGCUCGAGGCAGGAGCAAAAUUAACCUAAACCAGGCAGAUUGGAGCAGCAGGACAGCUCAGCACCCUCAGGCUGCAUCCUGCACUAAUAACAGAAUCAUUACAUAAAAUAAAUAUUAAUAAUAUUAGAAUCUUCUACUCAGAAAAUUGAUUAAGUAACAACCACCAGUGAGACUUACAGAAUAAACACCAGCCCAAAUCAAUGAGGAUUAAAAAUUCUUUUGCUAACGCAAUUAUUGUCAAAUCAGAUUUUAAACUUAUCAUUUAUACUUCAUUUUACUUAAUAUCUGGUUCCUCUCCUUGCAACUGGGUCUCUUAUUUCAAGAUAAUUCGCUUUUGAAGUUAUAGGAUAAAACUUGUUUUUGAUUUUAUCAAGGAAUUCACAUUUAAGGAGGAAAAAAAAUGAAAAACGAAUGUGCAAAGCUGAAGGAUUCUACUGGAGAAUCCUUCCAGUUUAGUGCUGCAGAAAAGGCUCAUACUGUAAUUAAAACUUUUCACUUGAGCACUUAAAUCCUUGACAUUCCUCCACUGCUCAUAAACUGCAUUAUGCAACAUCAGAUUUUGGAUGGAAACGGUGCCACUAAGUAUUUUUCCAGGGAGAAAACAUGCCAGCUUUAGGACACCAACACAGUUAUAUUUAGAGAAUAAAAAAUUGGUUAUGUCCUGAAUUUUACUUCUUUUAAAGAAAUGAUCAUUACUUUAACUCUGUCACAUAUUUCAAAUUCCUUCCUUCCAGUCACCCUGUAUGGUUAAUGCUCUUCUGCAGGUAAAAUUAAAAAGUCACUGCACCAUUUCAACCCAAAUCUGAUGCAAGAGGGGUCAAGCUGUGCUUCCUGAUUAUUACUAUUAUUAUUAUUCAUUUUACUCCUCCUACUUUGCUGACACCACAGAAAUGAGUUGUGGCUGGUUAUUUAACAGGGGAAUCUCUUCAGCAGCAGCUGCAUUGUAAGUUAGGAGUAAAUACUAAUUAAAAAUAGCCUGAAAUCUCAGUGUUCAUUAGCUGAUUAUAGAGAGGGAUUCCAGGCUGUGCUCAGGAGCACAAUGCAGAUCUUUAAUACCACUGUUCUGAGCUCAAACACAACCAAGUUUUCAAAUCUACUCUGCUGACUGCAAAAGGCAUAAUUAACAUUUUUAAAUAUCACCUGAACCAUGUUCAUCAAAACAAUAAUUAACUCUCAUUCAGCCUGAAACUGAGGAAGUAAAAAUAACACACAAGUCUUUCAACUUCCUUGCACUGCUGCAUCCCAGCACUGGAAUAUUCUGUAGGAAUGAUCUGCUUGGAACCAUUUCCCCAGAGAGGCUGUGGAUUCCCAUCCCUGGAAGUGUCCAAAGCCAGGCUGGACAAUGCUUGGAGCAGCCUGGGAUAAUGGAAUUGUCCCUGCCUGUGGCAGGGGAGGAGCAGAAUGAGCUUUAAGGUCCUUCCAACCCAAACCACCCUGGGAUUCUGUGCCUUCCUGCUCCAGCAAUGGAUCUGGAGAUCCAUUAUCUCCUCCUUACAGCAAAACCCCAAGUGAUACAAGUGGGAGAUCAAAACUAAGCCAGCGGAUGAUGCACCAAAGACAAAAUGAAAUUGCAGCAGAUUUGCCAACAGGAGCACCCCCAAAUGCCAAGGAAAUGAGCAGCAGCAGGUCCAGGGAGAAGUGCUGAGGACACAGAGCCCUGUGUCAAAAAUCACUGGGUGUAAAAGUCAAAUAGCACAGUGUGCAAUUACAGGGAGAAUUUAAAUUGGGAAUGAAAGAGGAGAUCAAAAAACCAAGUUGCUGAUGGACUUAUCUGACUAACAAUUAACCCCACGGUAAGAAGUCAGUGCAUUGAGCCAAACUGACCCAAACUGAUGCAGAACUGAGGUACAACUGCUCAGCCACAGCACAAACCUGGCCCACUUCAACCAGUUCCCUGGAGAGAUCAGCUGCCAGCUGCAGACAGCUGAGAAAGAAUACAAGGCAAAGGCAAACACACAGAGAGGACCCCAAACACACAGAGACUCCCAAAAACACACAGAGAGGCCCCCAAAAACACACUCAGAUCUAUCCCCAUCUCAGAUAUCAACAAGCCUCACUAUUCAUUCAUUAUUUAGUCCAAUAUUAAUUAAUUAAAAGUGGAAAAAUUCAAGUGUAAGGCUUUAAAAUCACAGUGUUAAGUCAAUAGGGUCACUUGCAUCAGUUCUUUCUCUAAACAUAAUUGUGGGCUCUGUUCUUAAGUCAUUUGAACACUCACCUUGGUUAUCUCAGUUUAAGUCAAAAAGACAAGUAAAUGCUUGUAAAGCAGGAACAACAGCCAAGUCUCAUUUCCACACUUCCCAGCUGGCUAAUUACCAAUACUACAUCAUUUUGGCACACACAGAUAUCAAUCCUGGCUAAUCACCUGCUCACAGAUAUUUUUCAAGAAUUUUUUUUUUUUUUUUUGCUCUUCCCCUGUGCCAACCAGAGCAAAAUUACCAGGCAGUGCUUUUUGCAGCUUCCUGAGCACACAGAGAGAAAGAAAGAGAGAGAGAGGAGGUGUGAUUGCUUUGGGUCACCUGGGAUUGCAAUCCUAUUACAGGCAGCUUCGGGGAGAUGUGACAGAGGUGUCUGAGUUUACUCACAAUGAGCUCCGAGUCCCGUCCCAUGGAAAUCACAGUUCUGUUCACUGUCCUCAGCAGGUUCUCCAUGAUGAUCUGGACAUGGCGCUGUGUGGGGCCCUGGGCACAAGGAAUAAAUCAGUGAUGACUACAAGCAACAGACACCAACACCACUGAGCCAUUGGUGCUGCCUCUCAACCCACCUCUCAGUGGAAAUUAAGUCAAACGUGGCUUGCUGUCGAUCACAAGGAGGGAAUGGGUUUAGCAAAGUGUUAUUUUGGUAAUACUUGUUUCUGAUGAAUUAAAAUGUGCUGUUACAAUGUCA